UUGCUCAUAAUGUGUCAUUCAGAAGCUCUAAGACAUAAACUAACUGGAAUAAAAGUGAAUGAAGUUGAAUAUUUGGUGCAACUCUUAGAUUUUCCGUCUGCAGAUUUGUUUUUUCAAUCGGUUUUAAAAGCUUGGUAAUAUUAAUUCCUGGAGUGCUUUUUAAUUUUACUCAGAAAAACAAACUGUGAGCAUUUGCUGCCAUUCAAGGCCAACACCAGUCGAUUGGACCCGUUUCCUCCCUGAAUAACUACACUCACCAUUCAUCCAUCUGAGUAAACAUUGAUCGCAGACGAUUCUGUCAGGUUUCCAGUUUGAAAUCCAUUGUGGCUCUUCUAAAUGAUACUCCUGUCUGCUGCAACAUUUACUCAAGAAAAUCAAUGGUGUCAACACCUAAUGCACUGUAGAUUUGCUGCCAUUACAAGACACAUUAUAACCCAACUUGGUGAAGUUCAGUGUGAUAUAAAAACAUUGUCUACUUAUAAAAACAAAAACUUAUAGACAAACAUGUUUGACUCUGUUUCUGCGUCCUCUUAGCUCCUUCGCAGACUCCAAAGAGCACUACCAAGACUUCCCUUUAAAAAACGGAGGGAUGUCCGGUGCUAUGGAGCUGAAGCGGCACGUUGGUGCACACUGCCAUUUCCCCAAAACUCUGGUUGGCGAGGAAAGCGGCGACAAGCUGCUGGCCAAGAAGAAACUCUACAUCGCUUCUGCAGUCUGCCUCGUCUUCAUGAUCGGAGAGGUCAUCGGAGGCUACCUGGCUCACAGCCUGGCCAUCAUGACCGACGCCGCCCACCUGCUCACCGACUUUGGGAGCAUGAUGGUGAGCCUGUUCUCCCUGUGGAUCUCCUCCAGACCGCCCACCAAAACCAUAACCUUUGGCUGGCACAGAUCAG